AUGGUUUCUGACUCUAUAGCAGUACCGUCCAUGCACAUAGUCCUUGCUGCCAUGGUUCUUUUGUUGGACUUCCUAUUCCUGCUAUUCACAAUCCAGAGGUCUCUGUACUUCUUUGGAAAGAGUGCGAGGAGAAGGCUGGAGAGUAUAAGAGUCAAAUUGGCGCCUGGAGGCAGAAGUGAGCUCUAUCUAGUAGACUGCAUGUCCUGUGCAGACCUUAUCUAUCUUCCAGGAAACUUCGUGGCCGUAGAAGAGCAUAUAGAGUUCUGUAAGUACAUGUCGAAGAUGCUUGAAUGCAAUGUGGUCUCGAUGGUAUACAGAGGAGUAGCAGGAAAUCAGCACUCCCCCUCGGAAAAAGGGAUAAUCGAAGAUCUGUCUCCAAUCUCUCAGUGGAUAUCAAGAAGAAGCACCCGGAAGGUUGUGCUGGGGUUUUCCAUAGGAUCGGCUGUGGGAGUCCGUCUGGCUGAAAGGUGCCACGUCGAUGCCCUGGUUCUAGUGAAUCCGUUUGUUUCAUUGAGAGAAGUAGUGGGCAACAUUCUGUUUGGCAAAGUUCUGAAACAUCUUGUGGUGGAUGAAUGGGAUAAUGCAAGUAGAAUGAAAGGCAUUGAUGCGCCUGUCCACUUUAUUGUUUCCUCCUCCGACGAGAUAGUUCCCCCAUCCCAUGCAGAUGAGCUCAUCAAGAGAACAAGAAACCCGAGAAAGAUUGUGAUUCCCGGCGCAGACCAUAACGAGCCCAUGCGAAACUUCACGGCGCAUCUAUACCCUGUGGUGGAUAAGAUUCUAAUGGAAAGAUAUCACUAG